AAUAAGGUAGAUAAAUAUUACACUUACCAUAAAGAGAAAAACACUCUACAUCCCCUUUAUUAAGACGUGUGAAACCCCUUUAUGCUUUCAGGAAUACCCAGCUCUGUGACGGUAGGAUUAGAAGAGCACAGUUCCGCACUGUUUUGUGAAGCUGGAAUAGAAGAGGACCAUGGGAAAGCCAGGGGACAAGAACAAGAUGCAGCACGUUAUGGACAGCGGGAUAAUGACAAGAUCAAAGGCGCAGUCGUCCGAUAUAAUGGAGCUGGAGAAGGAUGUAUCUCCGGUAAAGAAAGCUAGAACUGAAGUCGGUGUGAUCCCUCCAUCGACGCCGGGAUCAAAUAUGAUUGUUCUUGAUGGUGAAUCGAGGGGAGAUGGUAAUGCUUUAGUCUGGAAAAGUCGUACCAGAUUUUCUACCCUACAAUUCACCGAAAAGGCAGAAACUAAGUUUAGGCUGCCUCACGCUGUCAACUACAGUGAGGAGGAAAUCAAACUUGCUCACUACAUAUUUGUAGCUGACCUUCCGCUAAAAGAGGUCCUAGUCGAUACCAUGAUGAAAUCCUAUACGCGAAAGGCGCUAUGGUCUCUCUGCCCUAACUCCAAUGUUGAUGCUGAUGUAAUUACAGCAAUGACUUGCCACUUGACCCUGGACGAAAUUUCGAGAGAUGCUGGCCGUGGGAGAAGAGUAUGUUUUCUGUCUACUGAACUGCAGGAAAUGGUACUUGACUAUGGCAUGACACCGAAAAAAGCUUUAGAGUGUUACGGUACAAAGUUUCUCACAACAGCUCACACCUGCAGAAAGUUGUGUCUGCCAAUGAAGGAUAUCAUGCAUGGUGAUGACAUUCAUUGGUAUUUAGUAGUCAUCUUGAUGGAUGACAAGCAAGUUCAUAUCUUGGAUUCAUAUCCUUCUAAAGAGCGCCAAACACCUCGUAAAGAUGCAGUACAAACUAUGAUUGGAUUUCUCGAUGCCUUGUUCGAGGAUCUUUAUUUACAAGUGGAACAAAUGUGCGAUCCCCCAGUGAUGAAGGAGUUCUCUUUGACAAUUCCUUUAGUUCCUGAACAACGUCACGAGUAUGACAGUGGCGUUUGGGUGUGCAUAUGGAUGAUGGGUGCAACUUGGGAUGAAGAUUAUUUUAUAUGGCCAUGUGGAGAUAUGAGGAGAACGCAACUAGCUUUGUAUGUGGUCAAACAACCUGCAAAUUACAUAAGACAUGUGGUCAUCAAGGAAGCAAAUAGGAAUGCACCGAGGUUUGAACUCGAGACUCGUACGUACAAGGAAGAAAAUCGAAAGAGGCUGAACAAGAACUAGAGCUAUAUGGAGAUAGUGCUUCCGUGAUUUCGUAAUUUAAGCUUGCUUUUUUUAUUCAAGGACUUGUUCGUUAUAUGUUUCACUACAUUUCAUCAGAUUAACGGUUGCAUUUCUGUUGGGUAUUUUGGAUGAACAAAUUUCAGUUUACAUUAUCAUGGGAUUCGGUUCUUUUCGUUCUAUUGAACUUGGUUGUUUGUUGAACUAGUUAAGUUUAUGGUUUGAGAAUCUUUGGUCUAUAUGUUUAGAUACACAACAUCGACAUUUUUUAUACAUUUACAAAGCUUGAAGUUCUCUCUUGACGAGCAGAACUUGGAAUUACGUGUUAAGAGUGCAAAUGAAGUUGGGGCUUUUUUUCUUUCCUUCUUUCCCCAUCUCACUUCUUUCAUUAUGAUAAACUUCUUGGAUUUGGGGCCCCUAUCCUAGCCAAUAUGACAACUGGUGGGGGAGUAACAAAUGCCAAUUAAUCAU